AUGGAGAUUCAGGACUCAGUGGUCAUUGAGGAUGUGGCCGUGGUCUUUACUCAGGAAGAGUGGGCUUUGCUGGAUCUUGCUCAGAGGAAACUCUACAGAGAUGUCAUGAUGGAAACCUUGAGCAACCUGGCCUCAGUAGGUUCUAGGUGUGAACGUAAGGAAUGUUGUAAAACUGACAUUCAACCUUUAAAUGUUUUGUAUAAAAAAUUUCAUAAUAGAGAUAAGCCUUAUGAAUGUAAGGAAUGUGGGAAAGCCUUUAGUCGUUCUUCACUCCUCACGUCACAUAUAAAAACUCACAGUGAAGAGAGGCCUUUGGAGUGUAAGCAGUGUGGGAAAGCUUUUAGUUGGCCCUCAGAUCUCACUACACAUAUGCGAACUCACAGUGGAGAGAGGCCUUUUGAAUGUAAGCAGUGUGGGAAAGCCUUUAGUCAGACUUCAUCCCUCACUACACAUAUAAGAACUCACAGUGGAGAGAGGCCUUAUGAGUGUAGGGACUGUGGGAAAGCCUUUAGUCAGGCCUCCUCCCUUACUCAACACAGAAGAACUCACAGUGGAGAGAGACCUUAUGAAUGUAAGCAGUGUGGAAAAGCUUUUAGUCAGUCCUCCAUCCUCAAUCAACAUAGAAGGAUUCACAGUGGAGAGAGGCCUUAUGAAUGUAAGGAAUGUGGGAAAGCCUUUACUUGUUCCUCACACCUCACUACACAUAUAAAAACUCAUAAUGGAGAGAGGCCUUAUAAAUGUAAAGAAUGUGGGAAAGCCUUCAGUUGGUCCUCACACCUCACGUCACAUCUAAAAAUUCAUAGUGGAGAGAGGCCCUAUAAAUGUAAACAAUGUGGGAAAGCAUUUAGUCAGGCCUCACACCUCAACAUACAUGUAAGAACCCACAGUGGAGAGAGACCUUACGAAUGUAAGGAAUGUGGGAAAGCCUUUAGGUGUUCCUCCCACUUCACUAUACAUAGAAGGACCCACAGUGGAGAGAGGCCUUAUGAAUGUAAGGAAUGUAGGAAAGCCUUCAGUCGUUCCUCACUCCUCACUUCACAUAGAAGAACUCACAGUGGAGUGAGGCCUUAUGAAUGUAAGGAAUGUGGGAAAGCCUUCAGUCAGGCAUCACACCUCACGACACACAUAAGAACUCAUAGUGGGGAGAGACCUUAUCAAUGUAAGGAAUGUGGGAAAGCCUUCAGUCAGACCUCAGCCCUCAGUACACAUAGAAGAAUUCACAGUGGAGAAAGGCCUUAUGAAUGUAAGGAAUGUCGGAAAACCUUUAUUGAUUCCUCAGCCCUCACUAAACAUGUAAGAACUCACAGUGGAGAGAGGCCUUAUGCGUGUAAGGAAUGUGGGAAGGCUUUUAUGGAUUCAUCAGCCCUCAGUAAGCAUAUGCGAACUCACAGUGGAGCAAGGUCUUUUGAAUGUAAGGAAUGUGGGAAAACGUUUAGUCGUUCUUCACACCUUACUUCUCACAUAACGACUCACAGCGGAGACACUACUCUGUUUUGUCACCCUGAAGCUGCUGAUGGUCUGUGCGGACGACACCUGUAUUCUCCUGUCACCUGUAUUCCGUCCCCAAAUCCUCCCCGAGACACCGCCUACGUGGCCGUGUUGAAUUAG